AUGGAGCCAUUGAGCUCAGCAUCCACUGACGCCGGAUCUGCACCCAUCUCCGUCGCCGAAACCUCGUCAUACGCAGAAGCAGGCUUGGAGCUCGCGAGCGCGGCUAUCACGCCAAUCAAUGACACAAGCGGAGCCUCGCCAAGCAAGCCCUUAACAAUUCAGGAUGACGAACCACACGAGACGACCAAAGAUGUUCCCUUGUCUAACAAGCACAUCACAGGCGUUGCAGUACUCUUUCUCCUAGGCACCAUCGCUUUUGCCGUCUCGAGCGGACUAGUCAAGUCAAAUGAGGCAACGCUGGCCCCGUCAUAUUCGGAUCUUUUCGACCCCGGCUGUACUGACAAACUCGGCGACUCUGGAUCUCCAGCCAUUACACAGGCUUUCAAUUUGGAUCUGACCUUUGGCAACUUCACUUUCACCCAUGCAAAAAUCCUCGACGUGGCUUGGGAUACAACAAUUGGUCAAGGUGCCUUAUGCUGGGUGCUGGAUGGCAGCAGAUUCGACUCGACGGACGACCACAUCGAGAUUGGCCCGGACUUCUCUUCUCUGGGGACCGUGACGACCGCAUACAAUUACACUAAAACAAAGCCCUGCCUGAAUGUUUUAUCCACUGAGUACCCUGAAGCAAGCUAUUUCCACACCCGUCGGCUUGUAUAUACAUCCGGUGGCUGGAAGCUCGACAAGACGACAACUAUAUGGGACCAUUUCAAUACCAUCAACGGCUCGAAUAACAUUGAGCAAAGCUCUGAAAACUUCCAGAGCAUUCGAGCCUACGCCAUAACCAAGCAGUUGUUACAGAUCUCUCUGGACCCCCAAGGAUGGGUAACGAAUGGCUCUGAGGUAGCAUUAACAGCUGAAGUUGUUGAAUGGAGUGGUAUCAGCUUCGACUGGUGGGCUGGCACCGACGGAACCUGCUCUUUCAGGAAUCUCACGAGCUCGAGGCCAAUCCUGAGACCCUCUAUCGAUGCUGCUCUGGUCGUGUCACCUCAGAGCACACCAGUUCCAGCGGACCUGAAGUUUGCGCUAGAGUUUGAUGUCCCCGAGAACAUGUCAAAGGCUCAUUUUUCUCUCGGGAACGUGUCCGGCGAGUCGCUGCCUCCGGGCCAGAUGCCGUACAACUCAACACUCUGGCUGAACGGCACUGCAAUCUCGCUCGCUGCCCCUUUUAUUGAUGUCGGUCACGGAUGCUCUGGCAAUAAUGGCUUUGGGAGCCUGGGCAACUGCAUCUGCUACAAGGGGCAACCGAUCUCACUUGACCUGCUCGGCGAAGGAAGGGCGAUAUGCAACACGGCACCAGGCUACGUCUGGGGAUUUUCAAGUUCUCUGCUCCGGUUGGGGCUGGGCUUCGAGGCUGCUUGGAUGGCUUGCUGCCUUAUUUGCUAUCUAUGGCUCUCGGUACGGGGCGGGCUGGUGAACAAGAAGAUUAUGAGAAGUGCGGGGCCCAUGCAAUUUGCUCUGGAGUUCUCCGAGGCGGUGUGCGAGAUUGAAGAGACUGCCGCUGAACUGUCCGAGGACAUGUUGAAGGCGAGGUUAAAGGACAUAAAUGAUCCCCCAGUCUUCAACCUGAGCGAAUCUGGGCCCCCUCCCGGCCCAUAUGUCAUGUCAUGGGAUGACGUCAAGGCCCUUCUCAAAGCAGGUCUAAAUCCUCGAUUCUGCUCCGACAAACAGACCGCAGUCGACCUGCUUACGCAUGGCGGCCUGGUCGACUGCCUGUCCUUCAUGGGCGGCUUCUCACACGUCGUGUUUAUGGCAGGAUUUUCCAAGGAUGGGGCCAUCCUGGAGAAGAAGCACAUCGACAGAGGCAUAGAACUAGCCGUCGAUAAGUAUGUAUUUGAACGCACGAAAGAGAACUGGGAGGCACUGAGUGUUGCUGUUGAUAAGGGCACGACCAAAGACGGCAAGCCCUUUACAAAUGAGCAGAGGGCUGCAAUUGCGAAGAUAAUUCAGCGGGAGCUUGUCAAGUUCUUCGGCCCACCUAGUCUCGGCAAGGAUGACGUGUGGCUCGCAUUCGUCAAAGCGUUCGAUAUGGUUGCCUAUGAUGUUGGCGGAUAUGGUGGUUUUGGCAAAUCCGGGUCUAAAAGACUGCAUUCGAAUGACUUUUUCCAGACGAUUAUGUAUUCUUUUGGGCAGAACAAGUCGCCUGAUGUGCCAGAAAAGCUGGUUUGGGGUUUUGUAAAGCUUGCACGGGACUAUGGGGCGACCUUGGGGUGGUGA